AUGGACUACGCGAUGGAGGACACUCAGAACACUGCGCCUCAAGCCCACGAGGCAUCCAAGCUGGGCGCACCUGCUCCUCGAGGUGAUACUCAGAGCGUGACCAAGCGUCUGCAAUCAGAAUUGAUGCAACUUAUGCUCUCGCCCUCACCCGGAAUCUCCGCCUUCCCCAACGCCGACGGUAACCUUCUCUCGUGGACAGCGACCAUCGACGGACCAGCAGACACACCGUACGAGAACUUGGUCUUCAAGCUUUCGUUCGCUUUCCCCAAUAAUUAUCCUUAUGCCCCGCCGACCGUACUUUUCAAGACUCCAAUCUAUCACCCCAAUGUCGACUUUUCGGGUCGUAUCUGUUUGGAUAUAUUGAAAGAUCAGUGGAGUGCGGUGUAUAAUGUGCAGAAUGUGCUUCUCAGUCUGCAGAGUCUACUUGGUGAACCCAAUAACUCCAGCCCGUUGAACGGCCAAGCCGCAGAGCUGUGGGACAGCAAUCCAGAAGAGUUCAAGCGCCAUGUCCUUGCCAGACAUCGUGACAUUGAAGACGAUGAAUAA